UUGAGCGAGAAAAGACGCAAGUUUGUCCAAAGGGUCACGGAUAAUCACAGGGUGACAAAGGUACCCUCUGAUGUCCAUUUCUGAUAUUGUACUUCCCAAAAAUGGCGAAAUGGGAAGCGAAGUGACAAAUCGAAAAUAGCCUGAUUCAAAAGUGUUUGAAGUUAAUCGAACUGGUCUACAACUUGCAGACUGUGUGGUGAUAUUUUACAAUUUGGCUGGUUGUUUUUUCGGUGUAUUGUACCGGUUUAACAUUGAACCGACAUGCGAAAGACGAGGCUACUAACCUGCCAAAGGAACAGAGAAGUUAGGCCGUUUGGCUCGUCGUAGUUUUUUUUAUCGACCCCGAUGUAAUUAUCUGAAUUGAUAUGAAAACAUGUAAAGAUGCGGGAGUGCUACCUCAGAGUUUUUGAAGCUACAACUAUCUGUCUUGAAUAAAGCAACAUAGAGGGAGUGGUCUGAAUUAAGGCUUAGGACAUUGCGACGAUGGGCCAGGGCCAAGGAAAGGCUAACAGGGACCAUGGAGGUGUAAAAAGUAGUAAACUCAAAACCCUCAGACAACGAAGUGGAGGUGAUAUUUCACGUUCGAAAGAAAAUUUAGCCGAUGAACCAAAAGGUGUCCAAGAUUUUAUGGCCCACAGACCUCUGCCUGCAAUUCCACCAAAGUUUGAUGGUUCACCUAGUGACCUUUCAGUUUCACCGCCAACACCACAAACAGAUGUAUUUACUUUCGAUGAAUCUGAUCCAUCAUGUUUCCUUGUUCAACAUGAUUUUGAAGCAACAGACAGUACCAUGCUUAGUAUAAGGAAAGGAGAAUUUAUAAAGAUACUUGAUAGAGAGACAAAUGCAGGUGACUGGGCUCGUGGACAAAACAGCAAUGGAGAGAUAGGCUGGGUGCCAUCUGCCUACCUUGUGGAGAAUGAGAGCCUAAAUCGUUAUGACUGGUAUCAUGGGAAGAUAUCAAGAAAUAGAGCAGAGUAUCUACUUAGUAGUGGAAUAAAUGGGAGCUUUCUCAUACGGGAGAGUGAAAGCAGCCCUGGUCAGUAUUCUCUGUCUGUCAGGCACGAAGGAAGGGUGUAUCACUACAGAGUGAACAAUGAUAGUGAUGGAAGUAUGUAUGUUCAAGAAGGGAUUAAGUUUAAGUCUAUACCUGAGCUAGUGACAUAUCAUACCCAAGAACCUGGUGGGCUGAUUGCCUGCCUGCGAUAUGCAGCUCCAAAACUUGACAAGCCUACAGUUUAUUCAAUCUCACCUGAAUGUGACCAAUGGGAAGUAGCAAGGCAAGAGAUUACAAUAAGCCAGAAACUUGGAGGGGGGCAAUAUGGAGAAGUGUACAAAGCAGAAUAUAGAAAGUUUCAUAAAACAGUAGCAGUGAAAACACUAAAGGAGGAUGCCACUGAUGUUGAAGAAUUCUUGAAGGAAGCUGACAUGAUGAAGCACAUCAGACAUCCAAACCUUGUGCAAUUAAUUGGUGUCUGCACUCAAGAAAAGCCAAUUUACAUUAUUACUGAAUACAUGCCUCGGGGAAAUUUGCUUGAUUAUCUUCGAAACCCAUCAAGCAAGGACCUGCCUGCAACAACACUGCUUUAUAUGGCAACCCAGGUAGCAGCCGCCAUGGAUUAUUUAGAAAAACAUAGUUUUAUUCAUAGAGACUUAGCAGCAAGAAACUGUCUGGUUGGCGAGAACCAUCUCAUCAAAGUAGCAGAUUUCGGACUUGCUCGAGGCUUGCAAUCAAAUUACUACAAAGCCCAUGCUGGUGCAAAGUUUCCAAUUAAAUGGACGGCUCCAGAAGCACUUGCUUACAACAAAUUCUCAUCUAAAUCAGAUGUAUGGGCAUUUGGAAUUCUGAUGUGGGAAAUUGCUACAUAUGGAAUGUCCCCUUACCCUGGCCGAGAUCUGAGUCACGUGUAUACAUAUUUGGAACAAGGCAACAGACUGGAUCGACCAGAAGGCUGCCCUGAGCCCACUUAUCAAUUAAUGCUUCGAUGUUGGGCUUGGGAGCCGGCUGACAGGCCAUCUUUUGAAGUUAUUCACCAAGAAUUAAAUACGAUGUUUUCUUCAACUAAUGUUGAAGACGAAGUAGCCGACACACUUCGUCGUGAGCAUUCCACAGCCCAAGUUCCUAUCGUAAAGGGUUAUACUCAAACUUUGAUAAAAUCUAGGAAUGAAAGGUUACCGGACUUAGCCCCUCCCCUUAAAAUGCCGGAUCAAGAUGGGAAGGAUGACGUUAUUUCUCGUAAAGAGCGGCCAAUUUUACCGAAAGAUCGCCCCCCGGCACCCCCUCCUGAACUCUCAAGAGUGGAUGCUAAUAUAGAAGGAAGACCGCCAAUGCCCUUGCCAAGUAAAGGGGGUGACAUACCGUUAGCGUCCAGCCCACCUGAGACGCCCAGCCGACAUCAGAACAGCCCAAAAAUUGCUGCCACGUUGAAAGAUCGUCCACAGUUACCUAUACCAAUGGUCAAAAGGCCACCGAAACCAAGCGAGAAUAAAGAAUCAAAGAGAAACGAGAACCACCUGAUUACGACACGGUCUGAUUCUUUAAGCAAUAUUUCGUUGAAUGAACUUUCAAGAGGCUUAGGUGCUUUAAAAUCAGUGAAACAUCCUGCUGGCAAGUCAAAAAAGCCGGUUGUGGAUAGCAUUGACGGUCCGGACACUAAAUCAAGCCACCUUGAAAGUGUGUCAGAAUUGCAGAAGAGGCCACUACCAAAACGACCAAACGGAGACCAACCUGCCCGACCUGCCAGACCUCUCGGUAUAAUAGAAGACCAUGUACCGGCUAUAGGUAGCCAGGAACCGGAAAUUAAGCCAGUACCUGCACCGAGGAGAACAGUCAAAGUCCCGGAGCGGAAAGCCAACGGAUCGGUUUCUAUUCAGUCAGAUAUUCCAAAGAGACCUUUGUUACCGCCUAAGCCAUCGAAUGUUGGUCAAGGGGGACCUAAGCCAGAAAUCGUGGGAAGGAAGCCACAAAUGUCGAAAGUUGUCAAAGGGCCUAAGAUAAAACACGUGAAUGUAAACACAAGUUCAUUGAAGGAAGAUUUAAUACCAGUAGCAGAAGAAACCCAAAAUCUUUACCGAUGUGCUUGUGAUAUUAUUACUUUAGCUGAGGCGCGUGUUUCUGAGAACAUUAGAGAUAAAUCCGAAGGUUGCGUCGCCACGGCCGAUAGCCUGCUGGAACGGCUGUCGACAUAUCGCGACUCAUUGGGGCCUGUGACGAGAAUGAAAGUCAAUAAGCAUAUAACGAGUCUGGAAGAAGGCAACAGUGAACUGAAGUCCCUCCUUAAUCAAAUCUCAGAUACUCCGAAUACAGUCGAAUUAUCAAGGAUCUGCAAGAUGCUGACUUCCCUUGUCGAUGUAAUUGAGACUCUUUCGAAAUCGUUGCCUGAACUGUAAGCGUUCCCUUUGUUUUAAGGAUCAUAUUUGCGCAUAACACAUCUCCAUAUCGCUGAUUUCGUCUAUAAUCAAGAUGGUCCAUUUCCUUCCUUGUAUUUGAAGCCAUUGCCAAAGAAAUGUUUCUGUUAACACAUGAAAACAUUUAACGCCUUGAAAUCAGUAUCACCUGGCUACUUAAACAAGGGAACGCGCAAUUGGCUUCUUCGCAGUUACCCAUAUCGAUAGGUUUAAAUUAUGGAGAAUUUUCAGUAAUUCUGUCCUCACUUUAAUGCUCUAAAAGACAUGUAUAUUAUCAAUUAUGCUAAAUUGCUUGGCACAGCGAUGUGCAAGUUGAUUUUUUUUACUGAUUUGAAAUUCCAUAUCAUUCUUCAACCAACUGUAUUUUUUAUACCUUAUUUUGUAAUCAUAUUAGGCCAACUGGUUGUAUAAGAAUUUUGUUGUUUUUUGUGUCGUCAUAAAUAGCUACUUUUGGCAUUGAAAUCCAUGUAACAUACUCAUUUCAAAAUCUUCGUUUUAUAUAAUAGAUUUAUCCAAAACUGCUUUGAAAAGAUUGAAAUUUGUCAGAUACACUUCAGUAUAAAAAUUUCAUAAUUAAGGGUUUGUGUGUCAAAGUCCAAGAUACAGGCCUAGAAGGGAUUAACAGAUUCGUUACGCUAACAGAAAAUGAAGGCAUCUAUAUCUUUCAGUUAGUUUAGGUAUAGGUAUGGUUACUAAAGUGACAAUUUAAUUUAUAUAUCAGCAUUUAUGAUCGUAUUAUGGUUAGUUUAUCAAUUAUUUUUGCUGUUAAAUGUUCCAUAUGUCUAUUUACAAAUAAGCGCAUCGUCAGGCUAUUUAUGGAACCCCCAUUACCAGCGUGAUUUUGUAUAACAGUCAAAAUUCAUCCUUUGCGAUUAAUGUUAAGUCAUAUAUAUGCUUGUGCAUAGAGGAUACCAUGUUGGUGUAUGAUGCACGUUUUACACAUUUUUUUUCUAUCAAAAUAUUUUCUAUGACUUUGAUUGAAGAGGGCUGUCAUCAAAAACGGAAAUUGUUCUAAACGAUAAUGCGAUGAUGGGUUUUUAUAAGAAUAUUUGCUAAAAACCUCUAAUAGCAUUUCUUAAGUUUUGGCAGAAUUAGUCUAGUAAAAUGCAAAGACAAGAGUUUUAAAGAUUUAAUUUCCUUUAUAUACCGGAAUAAUCUGAAAAUUGAUAGCUUUAUUCUUUAAGCAUCAUGAGAUUUUUAGGAUCGCAAUUUGUCCACAUCGGGUAAAAAAGUUUGGCUUUGUUUUCCUAAGAUAUUCUUAAAAUGCAAAGCUAGACGUCUUCAAUUGAAUUUAUGUUUCAAACUGUCAAUCUCCAUGCAAUAAAAGUUUUUACUGUUUGUUUGAGUUUAGCUUUAUUUGAUACUUCAUAUCGCACUUUUUUAACUAGUUUCCAAAAUAAUUUCACAGCGUAUUACUAUUGAAUCUAGACAAAAAUAAUGUCAGAUAAUUUUUUGCUACCAUGAAUAUACUUUCGUUUUUGAGAAAAUAACUCAUGAACGACCAAAGCCCACACUGUUUAUAAGAUACCCGUCUUUAUAUUUUAAAGGGUAGUGAGAACUUUUGUUGGCCAUCAAAGGGGAAAUUUUGAACUAUAUUGCCUAUGAAAGCUGAGUAAUCUCCUGUGUUUUUUUGCAUGACUGACUUAUAUAGAUUGCGCAGUCAUAAUAUCUGAAACUCCACAACCUAAAGCCCCCCCCCCCUUUCCCUCUCCUCCCUCUCUUCCCCUCUACCGGAAUCUAAAAACGCAGGCUCUUUAUUUUGAAGGAAUUUAUGAUUUAACGAUUUCUCAUUGGUUAAUUUUUCUAUUCUAGUUAGUCACUGUAGGUCCCUAAUGUUCAUAAUUUUCCUAACAAUGUUGUUUAUAACAACCCCUGGUUCUUACCUGAAAGCCAAGAGUACUUACCAGAAAAAACGCCUUGUAUAUUAAUGUUUGCUGUAUAAAUAUGUAUUCUCUAUCAUCCCGUGGUUUGGACAUACGUAGACUCUUAUUUUAAAGCUCUUUCGACCAGAAAUCGGAUUAUGCCUAAGAAUGGCCUCUGUUUCCCUUACAACGAAGCUGGUAGCUGUUGGGUUCCAAAUUUAUGUGCGUCCUUAUAAUAUUGCCUGUUAAACCUUUUAUGGGUACAUUUAUGUUCUUGCAGAAGUGGCUGUUAAAUUAUUGCUAAUACUGACAAAUUUCGGCAUUAACGCUCUGGCAUCACGCCUCGAGAUUUUCGAGUAAGAUCAAACUUAGGGUGAGAGCCUUGUUUCGCUUCUUUCCGAAUAAUUCAAGUUGGUUCAUUAUACUAGUGCCUAUGCUAGUCUACAUGGCGAAGUUUUUAAUUCAUCUCGCUGUACGUGUUCAUGUUACUUUGCUGGUUAAUUGCGUAUAUUGUUUAUAUCACAUGAAAUGAAUUAAUGUUGUUUAAUGUAAUAAAAGGAUAGUUACCUUCGUGAAGUAAUCAAAUUUCUUAUUUUGUAAAAUAGGCGGCAAAUCGAUGCGAAUUUUGGAAAAUUUGUA